UAUCCAGUGUCAAUUUUUUAGUUUGCACUUUAAUGCUUUAUUUUUAUAUUAAUGGUUUUUUACUUGACGAUAUCAGAAUUAUCGGUUAAGUGAAACAUUAUGCUUAGUGAUGUGUUGUUAAGAUAGUGCUUUUUUAGUAUAUUUUAUUUGACUGUUCAAAAAUGCUAAAUUGCAAACAACAAAAACGGUUUAGUUUUCUGAUUACUAAGAUAGGAUACCCCCUUUCCUCAGCAUUGCUAUGUGUUCUUAUCAUUGCAAGUCCAUUUCGAUAACUCUAUUAUUUACAAGUUGUUAAGUUUAUCAAAUCGCUGAUAGUGACGAAUUUCAAUUGUUCUGGAUAAUGUGUCCUGGAAAUGCUGUAGGGUAUUCAAAGUAUGAUCGAGAGUGUUUCAAAAAAAGCUUUUGGUGGUUCUAGUGGUACAUACAAUGUACAAGCGUUAGAACUGGCUGCCGCAAGGGAAAGAAAACUUAAGGGCCUAAGCAUAACUGUUAAGUUUCUGGAUGAUACGCAGCAUACAUUUCAAGUUGAUAAGAAAUCGAAAGGUGUUGCUCUUCUUGACCAAGUUUAUGACCAUUUGGAGCUUGUGGAAAAAGAUUAUUUUGGAUUGCAAUUUUCCAAUAAUGGUUGCUAUAAUCGGAGUUCAGAAUGCAUACUAUGGCUUGAUCCGGCCAAAUCGAUUAAAAAGCAGAUAGACAACUUUCAACAUCCAUUAUAUUUUAAAGUUAAGUUUUAUGUGUCCGAUCCAAGUAAACUACACGAAGAGUAUACCAGGUAUCAAUUUUAUUUGCAAUUGAGAAAUGACAUAUUAAGCGAGAAGUUAAUCCUGCCCCCAUCUAUUGCCAUUUUAUUAGCUAGUUAUACAGCUCAAGCCGAAUUAGGCGACUACAAUCCCGACGAGCAUAAUUCGAAUUACUUGUCAAAUAUACGACUGAUACCGAAUCAGACUGAAGAGAUGGAAAGGAAAAUAGCAGAACUUCACAAGUUGCACAAGGGACAACUACCAGUUGAUGCAGAGUUCACUUUCUUAGAUCAUGUUAAGCGGAUGGAUAUGUACGGAGUGGAUCUUCAUGUGGCAAAGGACAGUACAAAUAAGACUAUCCAAUUAGGAGUGACACACAUUGGCAUAGUAGUGUUCCAUAAUGAUAUAAAGUUUAAUACUUUUUCAUGGUCUAAGAUAAUGAAAAUUUCUUUCAAGAGGAAGCAAUUUUUUAUACAACUGAGGAGAGAGCCGUCUGAAGAUUAUGAUACCCUGCUUGGUUUUAACAUGGAGUACUACAGGUCAUCAAAAACGUUAUGGAAGUCAUGUGUGGAACACCAUACAUUUUUUAGAUUGGAUUCGCCAAAAGUCCGACGGAAAUUUCUGUCGCUGGGUUCUAAGUUCAGUUAUUCAGGGCGCACUGAAUUUCAAACUAUGUCAGAUGUUAAAAGAAAAGGAAUUUUGGAAAGGAAAUUUGUUAGAUCUCCAAGUAAACAAUUGAUUAAAGAUAAGAGUGGAUCUGUACCACCACCACCAUUGGAAGAUAAAGGCAAAGUGUCAUUAGCCCCACCUAGACCCUCCCGUCCACAUGACACUCAUAAAGUCACAACCUCUUGUUCAAACAAACCCAAGCAGGCAUGGGCGGAAGAUGUGCGAAUAUCGGAUGAUGAUGGUGGUUUUUUGGAAAGGACAUUGGAAGGACCAUUUUCUCCUGGCAUAGCUGGAAGAGUAAUGAGUUAUGCCGAUGAAGAGAUUUCUUCUCCUGCCUCUAAUGGAUUGUAUGACACUCCGCCGUAUAGUACAAGCCACUCUCCGAUAUCUCAAAUAAUAGAUGAACAUGUUGCUACUGUUAUUUUAUAUCCUGAUGAAGAUGGAAAAUAUGGAUUUAAUGUAACAGGAGGGACAGAAAUUAGUGUACCUAUACUGGUGUCUAAGGUAGCUCCAAACACUUCAGCCGACAAGUGCAUGCCGAGAUUGUCAGAAGGCGAUCAAAUUUUGCAAAUCAAUGGACACGAUGUUACUAAUGUACUUCAACCAGAUGUUAUUCUUCUUGUCCAGGAAGCCAGAGCCAUAAAUUCCGGAAAGUUGGUGUUAACCGUCCGUCCUAAUGUUCUUUAUCAAGAUGAAGAAUACGAAGAACCACCAUAUCAGUAUGUACCAGCCAAUGAUGUUGGUGCUCCUUUAGUAGGAAAUCUGUUGGAACAAAGCAUGCUUUUCCUUGCUGACGGAUUAGCCAGCGGUGCAUUAGUUACCAGGUAUGAAACACUGUAUAGGAAGCACCCAGAUCUAUCUUGUAAUGAAGCGAGCAAGCCAGCUAAUGUUAAUAAAAAUCGCUACCGAGAUAUUUCACCAUAUGAUCAAACUCGAGUCGUACUACAAAAUUCAUGUGGUGAUUAUAUUAACGCGAAUUUCGUGGAUAUGAAGAUACCCGGUACCAACAUGGUAAAUAGAUAUAUAGCCACUCAAGGUCCAUUGCAAACUACAACUGAAGACUUUUGGCAGAUGGUGCUGGAGCAAAAAUCUACACUCAUAGUAAUGCUGACAACUCUUGUGGAGAAGGGGAGGGCAAAAUGUCAUAAAUACUGGCCAAGCGUUGGUGAAGUUUUGACAAUGUGCAACGCAAUUAUAAAAUGUACGAAUGAACAAAAUGAUGAUUCGAACAGCUUUGUUUUUCGGGACUUUAUUUUAAUAGACGUGAAGAAUGAUAGUACACCCAGAGAAAUUAAACAUAUGCAGUAUAUAGCGUGGCCAGAUCAUGGAGUUCCCGAUUCGCCUCAACAGUUUUUACGUUUUACUCAACAUAUUCGAGGACACCAUAAGGAUGAGAAGCCAGUAGUAGUUCACUGCAGUGCUGGAAUAGGCCGUACUGGAGUUUUGGUAUUAAUGGAGACCGCUCUAUGUUUGAUGGAUGUUGUAGAGCCUAUUUAUCCCUUAGAAAUUGUAAAGUCAAUGAGAGAGCAACGUGCUAUGAUGAUCCAAAAUGCUAGUCAGUAUAGAUUUGUCUGUGAGAGUGUUUAUGCUGCAUAUACCGAGAAGCGAGCUUCAGAAGAAUGUUGUGAUGGCAAACACCAGUCAUCAACGGAUAAAGAUAUUUGAUGAAUGGGUCGAUUUGAAACUCUUCAAGUCCAACGUCAACACAUCUAAUUAUAUUAUAAGGUCCAUUAUGUAAGCAGAAAUAGAACAGCAAUGAAGUUCAAAUGGAAGUUAAAAUACAAACUAAUGCGUCAGACAAUAUAUCCGUGUCCACUGUAAUUGAAAGCUUGAAAUAAAUCUACUUAAUUCGUA